CAUCCCACACGCUAUGUAUUAGAUAAAGCCUUAUUCUUAUUGAAAGUGUUUAGUGUUCGCUAGAAACGGAAGGACGAAAGCGUUGCUUAUAGGCGCUCUGGAAUAAAGUGUCAAAUAUUGGAAAACAUUGUAUCUUGCAACAUCUUGAUAUAUUAAACAGUUUUGUCAACUAAACAUCAUAAUGAUCAGCGCAAAUUUAAGGAACUAUUUAUUAUCGUUUAUAUUUGUAAUAUUUGUUGUUAAUGAGGUAGCCGCCUUGCCGCUUUCGGGUGUGGACAAUAGGAAAUUUGGUAUCAUACUUGACGCAGGAAGCAGCAGUACAAAACUCAGAAUAUACACCUGGGAGGAUACCAUAGAAAGUGUACCGAAGUUUGAUGAAUAUUUCUACAAAAAAGUAAAACCAGGCAUAAGUUCUUUCCAUGAAGAUGCGGAUGAGAUUUCAGUAUACAUCAGGAAUAUUUUAGCAAUUUUAAAGGUCGAACUUGUAGAAGAGUUAUGGUCGUCCACUCCGCUUUACUUCAUGGCAACAGCAGGACUCCGGCUUCUGGACGAAGAGACCACAUCAUCUAUAAUGUCCGCAGUGCAGGAAGUACUUCUAAACAUAGACGAAAAUCCUUUCCAGUUUGAAGAGGAAAAUGCUCACAUACUUGCAGGAGAAGAAGAAGCCCUUUUUGCAUGGCUUACUGUUAAUUAUCUCAAUGACUUUUUUGCAGCAAAAAGGCCAGCUUCGGAGAGUCUAGGAUUAAUUGAGCUCGGUGGAGGAUCUGCACAAAUAGCGUUCAUUCCAGAUGAUCCCAUUUAUGCCGGGAAAAUGCCGGCUACGAUUGCUGGGAAGGAGUAUGGAGUAUAUUGCCACAGCUAUUUAUCAUAUGGCGCUACCUUAAUGUCUGAAAGAAUUACAGAGUUACUUAUACAAGAAAAUAAACACGCAAACGUUAUCAUCAAUCCAUGUAUGCUUAAAGGUGAUUCAAGAAAUGGGACAUUAGGGAAUAAGAUGGUGGCAAUGAUCGGAGGUGGAAAUGCAUCAUUAUGUGAGGACUUACUUAAAUAUUACCUGGCACCAGCCGAGGCCGACAUGUGUUCUCCAAAACCUUGUUCGAUUGGACAGGUCUAUCAACCGUCAGUCAAAAAUCGAAAGUUCUUCACCUUUGGCCUGAUUUACUACUUAGCGAAAGACUUCAACAUUCUUACGAAACCAGGAAUUUUGAAUCUUAAACAGAUGCAAAAUACGGUCAGGGAAUAUUGUGAAAAGAGCUACGAACAUGCAACGACGGUGUUGGGAAUGUCUGAAGAGUACGCCUCUAGAAACUGCCAGGACGGACUCUACAUCCCAUUGUUGUUCUCUGCAGUUGGUCUAGACAUUGACAAUGUUUUUGCAGCCAAAGACAUGCAAGGCUCCUCAGUCGCAUGGAGUCUUGGCGGAAUACUGUAUGAAGAAGAAAGAAACAGAUAUCAAGAAUUGACCAGUCAAUUAAUGGAGCUGUAGAAAUUGUCUACAAACACGGUCGACAUGAUUAAAAAAUGAAACACAACGCUUGUGCGUUCAAUAUUUUCUAUGUAAUAUUUUAUGAAACAUUCUAAGUUUAACAACUUUUAUUUUUCUUCAAAUUUUGCCCUUGCUGAAGAAUAUGUAGCAUACUCGGUGUUUCUUUUUACAUUUAUUGACUUAUCAUAAAUGCAAUCUACAUGUGGCAAUAAAAACAGUUUUAUUGCUAUCAACGGAAAAGAAUUCCGGUCAAACUUGACAGUGAAUAAGAGCAUUUGAUAAGGGAAGUGCAUGAGUACAUUCCUUGAAAAAUCGGCGAAUGUUCUUUCUUGAUAUAUUUCGAAAAUAAAUGAGUUGAUAUCUGAAGUUUUUAAAGAUCAUACUAUCCUACUGCAGUCUCCUGUUAAAUAUUACUAUUGCAUAACUGGAGUAAAUUUUUGCUCUCCUCUUAA